CUGGUAUUACUGGUUCUAGCUUUCCUGUGAGUUGUCAGAGGUCUGGAUUAAUGUACAUGAGUGUUUGUGUUCCAGUGAGUGAGUUCAAGCUUGUUUGAUCUCAGUGUUUUGGUGCAGGUGAGAGGGACAGUAGCGUGAGAGGAGGAGAGUGUCUGAAGUCAUUUAUGUCUCUUUAGAUCUUUUCCUUGGAGGAGUCAGUGAAGAGCUCUUGCUAAAAGAACAACUUACCAAGGGUGUUUUCGGCGUUUCCUUCACCUUUGUCCUUAUCUGCUGGCUGGGAUGAGGGGGCUCAGGAGCCUAAGUGUCGGGCUCCUGUCGGCCUUCUUCUCUACUACCUUUGGUCUUUAUUUCCCUCCUCACGUGGAGCAGCUGCCGACCAUCACCGCUCAGACCUCGGGCUCUCUCAUUACCUUGCCAUUUGAUGAGAAGUUCCUGUUCAAGUGUGAAGCCAAAGGCAACCCAAGACCUACGUACCGCUGGACAAAAGAUGGGAUGGAUUUUGACCCACAUAAAGACCCUCGGCUCAUUAAAGAAGAAAGUAGUGGGACUUUUGUGAUACCAAACAAUAAAGAUAUAGCGAAAUACCAGGGAAAAUACAGAUGUUAUGCCUCAAACAAACUUGGAACUGCAAUAUCAGAGGAAGUAGAAUUCAUUGUGCCUAUGUUACCCAAGUUUCCCAAAGAGAAGACAGAGCCAGUGGUGGUCACAGAGGGUGAUUCAGUGGUUUUGGAGUGUAACCCGCCACAAGGGACUCCACCAUGGCAGCUGUACUGGAUGACCAAUGAUCUUCAUCACAUUGAGCAAAAUGAGAGGGUGUCCAUGGGCCUCGAUGGGAAUCUGUACUUCUCUAAUACACUGGUGUCAGACAGCCAUGAUGACUACUGCUGUUUUGCCUCCUUUUUCAAGAUACGCACAAUUGUUCAGAAACCCCGCAUGGUCCUGAGGGUCAAGCCAAUAAAUUCAACCCAAGGCGAUGAUGGCAUCAGGAGUGUUCAGAAGAGGAAGCCGAAAAUGUUGGUUCCCUACAGUCAUUCAACGACUUACCUAAAAAAGGGAGACGAGCUGGAGCUGGAGUGUAUCGCAGAAGGACUGCCUACACCAGAGGUAGAAUGGAUCAAGAUGUUGGAUGAUUUACCAAAGCGCUCACAUAUCAAAAACUUUGGAAAGCUUCUGACUAUACCUGCUGUCACAGAACUGGAUGAAGGGAAAUACAUGUGCAAAGCCAAGAAUGAUCUUGGUGAAGCUGUGCAUCAUUUCAACGUUGUUGUGGAAGAGCCGCCCAGCUGGCAGGAGGAGCCAGUGAAGAGUCAGUUAGCAGAAAUUGGAUCUGACAUCCACAUCAAGUGUUCUGCUACAGGAAAACCACAACCCACAAUCACCUGGAAGAGAAACGGCCAGCCCCUUGAUGAUUUCCCUUCUACCAAUCACAAAGUGCUUGAUAACAGAAUAAUCAUACUCGGAGCGGAGCAGAGAGACACUGCAGUGUACCAGUGCGAGGCCUCCAACAAACACGGGACCCUACUUGCCAAUACUAACGUGCUUGUCAUGAAUCAUCCUCCUUUGAUUCUGACGCAGAAUUAUCUGGAGUACGCAACCAUGUUAGGCAAGAGUUUGAUGAUGGACUGCAAAGUCUUUAGCUCACCACCUGCCACCCUUAACUGGAGAAGAGAAGACCCCGAGGGCUCUGUAGAUGGAGAGAGAUAUUCUCUCCUGAAGAAUGGCUCCCUACAGAUUCACAAAGUGGAGAUGGAAGAUAUGGGCCAGUACAAAUGUUUGGCGAGCAACUCCGAGGGCACCGCCAGCAUCACCACUGAACUUUUCAUUAAAGAUUCAACUAGGAUUGUAGAAGCUCCUCAAGACAUGAAGGUCAAAAGAGGAUCAAAUGCCGAGCUGGAGUGCCAGGUGGAGUGCGACCCUACCCUCAGAAGAGAGCUGGAGAUCUUGUGGCUGAAAGAUGAGAUAAAUAUCCUCUCCAACUUCUCAGAAAGAUAUUUCACAGAUGAUGGAAUUCUCCAGAUUGUCAAUGUGAGCAACAGCGAUCAAGGGAAUUACACCUGCAUUGUUCGAACAUCACUGGACCAAGAUACAGCUUCUGCAUACAUAACCGUGUUAGACGUCCCUGAUCCACCGGUUCAACUGACGCUCACUGAUCUGAAAGACCGCAGCGUGAGGGUCAACUGGGCAGCCGCCAGUGAUCAUAACAGUCCCAUAACAGAGUUCAUAAUCCAGUAUGAAGAGAACCACUGGGACCCACGGCAGUGGAAGGAGCUUCUACGAGUGGCUAGCAGCCAGUUCUCAGCCCCCUUGACGCUCUACGGCCACAUUAACUACCAGUUCAGAGUCAUCGCUGUCAAUGCUAUAGGGAGAAGCCGUCCCAGCAUGCCCUCUGAAAGAUAUAAGACACCUCCUUGUGCUCCCGACAGGAACCCAGACAACAUUAAGAUUGAGGGUCACCUGCCACAUCAGAUGGACAUCAGCUGGGAGCCGCUCUUGCCUGUGGAGCACAACGGUCCCGGUCUGGAAUAUAAACUGAGCUACAGGCUCUUGGGUGUCGAGGACAGUUGGAAAGAACAGAUGGUGAAGAGACACACAUUUGUGGUGCGAGACACCCCAACGUUCGUCCCCUACGAGGUCAAGAUCCAGGCCUUCAACCUCCAUGGGUGGGCACCAGAGCCCAGAGUGGUGACUGGUUAUUCCGGGGAAGAUCUGCCCUUGGCACCUCCUGAGGACGUAUCUGUUGAGGUGUUGAACUCUACACUGCUGAGGGUCAGCUGGUCACCAGUGCCUCAAACCACCCUGAGGGGACAUCUUGGAGGAUACACUGUGCACUGGUGGCAAACUCAAAGUCUGUUGACCUCUAAGAGAAUUCCCUCAGAGAGACAGUCUCUCACCAUCCCUGGAAACAGGAGUCACACCAUGGUGCUGGGACUGAAGCCAUUCUCUGAAUAUAGCCUGACUGUCAACGUCUUUAACCGGAGAGGGAAUGGGCCCAGCAGCAGUCCCAUCUCUUUCACAACUCCACAGGGAGUUCCUGAGAAACCUCCCAUCCUGAGAGCCACAAACUUCCAGAAAAACUCAAUCACAUUGGUGUGGGCUCCUCCGCACAAAACUAACGGCUUUCUCACGGGAUACUUGCUGCAAUACCAGACAGUUAAUGAUACUCUGGGUGAGCUGAACUCUGUGAACAUCACUGCACCAGAUACGACACAGUGGGUCUUGCAUGAUCUACGGGAAGAGAACUCGUACGAGUUCUACCUGAGAGCGUGUACGCAGGUGGGCUGCGGGUCAGCCAUCAGUGAGGAAGGAAGCACCAUCCCUGAAGCAUUUACUAUGCCCGAACAUUCACUUCCUGAAGUUUCUACAGUCUCAGCUGAGACUUCGACAGAGAGCUUUACUAUACCCGAACAUUCACUUCCUGAAGUUUCCACAGUCUCAGCUGAGACUUCGACAGAGAGCUUUACUAUACCCGAACAUUCACUUCCUGAAGUUUCUACAGUCUCAGCUGAGACUUCGACAGAGAGCUUUACUAUACCCGAACAUUCAUUUCCUGAAGUUUCCACAGUCUCAGCUGAGACUUCGACAGAGAGCUAUGAACUGUCAACAUCUGAAGUGACAUCAUCUGAGUUGAAGCAACCUUUCUCUUUCACCUCACCUAAUACAGACACUCCUUCUGUAAAUGCCACCUUUCCUACCUUAGUUGUUCACAACAUAUCCACCUUUGUAAGUGACACCUCUGCAAGAAUCAGCUGGAGAACCAGUGGAGAGCGGUCUGAUUUACAGCUCUAUGUUACAAUAAUGAAUCACCGUGAUGGUAUCUGGCAGCUUUCAGAGGCUUUAAAUACAUCUAAAGGUUUCCACGUCAUUGAAGGGCUCAGUCCAGGAACUGUGUACACAGUCCGGCUGCAGGCUUCACGCAGGGUUGAUGUCCCUAGCAUUUUUGAAGAGGUUUUCAAGACUAGGAAAGUGUCUAGUAAACAAGCGGGGGGAACUCAGGAGUGGUUUGUGGGUAUGAUGUGCGCAGUGGCUUUACUAACUCUGCUUGUCCUCAUCGGCUGUUUCGUGCUGAAGAACAAAGGCGGCAAGUAUGCAGUGAAGGAAAAGGAGGAUUCUCCUGCUGAUCCGGAAUCUCACGGCAUGGGUGAAGAAACCCCUGGCGAGUACAGUGACAAUGAUGAGAAGCCGCUGAAGAGCAGCCAACAAUUGUUCAGAGACAAAGAGGAUGAUAGCAGUGAGGACUGCUCUAUGACAUCAGAGGACGAGGACUGCGAGUUCAACGAAGACGGGUCGUUUAUUGGCGAGUAUUCGGGAUACAAGCGCAGGGAGUCAACGGAGGUGAAUGGACACGCCCCUGUAACUUCCUAAUGCUGGUUCAAUCUUAUGAACUUUUAUACCGUUUUAACAGGGAGAAGGAAAUGUUUGUUUGUAUGAUGUGCCUUGAAUGUGCCUAUGUUUUGUAAGAGUUUUGCACAAAUAGCCACUUCUUUACAGUAUUAAUAUGAAGGGUGAUGACAGUUUAUAGUUCAGCACAACAUGAAAAUUAUGCCAUUAUUUACAGUACUCAUCGCUGUGUUGUUUCAAACUCAAAUAAUGACUUUCUGAGACGUUUAGCAGAUUAUUCAAGAUGCUCUUUCCAUACAAAAAUUAAAAAGUAAAUGGUGACCAGGGGCGGCAAAGCUCCAAACAUAUGACUCAUUAGCUAUAUUCAAAAAGCCUUUCAUAUGAUAUGAAAUUUAAGUCAUUACUUGCUGAUAAUCUGCUGCAAUUCUCAAAUUCUCAUUCACAUUUGUGCCAUAUUUGAAUAUGUGCAAAUGUGAAUGAGAUUUGUGAAUUGCAGCAGAUACCAUGUUGGUAUGGGUAGAUUUAAGGGUGGGUUACAGUACACCUUAACCCACCCUUAAAUCUACCCAUACCACUAAAUCUGUCCUAACCUUACCCACCUCAAUAGCAGCACAAGUGUUUUCACAAUGAACAUGAACACAAUAAGUAUACAUUGCACAUUUAUUAUUAUUUAUGUAAAUACAUGGUAAAAUACAUGGCACAUAAAAGACACAUAAUAUAAAGUGUGACCUGAAACAUUAUUUGCAGGUUGGCCCACCAACAAAACAAACAGGUUUGUGCACCUUAGAAUUAAUGUGGAUUACACGUUUAUGGUCGGAUUAGAAAACGCUUUCACUUUUUCUGCUGAAGAAAAAUAAAUAAUUCAUGGCCUGUCACAAAACUGAUAUCUUGACAGCACAAUUUUCGGUUACAUGUUCGCUUGUGUGGGCAAUCACGUAACCUCUCUGCACGCCUCUCAGCAAGAUACUGACACAAUGAAACAAAACAAUUAUGUUCUGACUCUUCAGUAUAUCUACAAAAACAUAUUUCUGUUUAACAAUGUAUUUUAUUAAAACUGACAUUGGAGCUGCCAUGGGGAAAAAUUCUUAGAUAAAGGUCACCAUUGAGUGGUUAGAUACCAUAUAUUUAUAUAUUAUAUAUAAUAUGCAAAAAUAUGUUUUAGCGCAUGUAAGCUACCGCCAUAAGGGGGGUUUCGUUAUCAAUAACAUGCUAAGAUUGCUUUAUUAGCUUCUUGAAACUCUAAAGCUCAAGUAUGAUCAAGUCAGUAUACUUUUGGUGUCUUCAGCAAAUCUUUUACAUUUUUUAAUUAUGUUUUGCCUCCAAAAUGAGAUGAUACAACAAGAAGGGUUUGUGGAUCAUCAAAAUCCAUGUUUCUAAUAAUAUAUUAUGUCCAGGCCGCAAUCCAAUGUAAUGUCAAUCCAACUUCACAUAUUUAUCAUUAAUUUUCAAAAAAAAAAAAAAAAAAUGUUUUUGCUUUUUUUAUAAAAAGAAUAUUUAGUUGAGAGAUUUCACUGUAGAUAUGCUCUUCUGUUCUUGCACUGUACAUAUCUGUAGAUACUGUUUUGUUUGUUUUUGUAAGUUUUUCUUUCUGCAUUUUAGUUUUGUGCAUUUUAUUCUGCCUGAAAACGUUGCUUAUACUAAAGACUCAGGAGAUUUUUUGUUCCUUGCAAAAAUGUUCAUCUUUAUGAUAUCUUCAGACCUGAGAAAUGUUUACUCCCACGUUUUCUAUAUUUUGUAUUCAUGCACAAUACUAUGAAAUGUUGACUAUCAAGACACAUUUUGUUACACUGAACCUUCAGGUUUCACCACAGAAACACAUUGGACAAUAAAAAUGACUAUUAAACUGUU